AUGAUUCCUUCUAUAAUUUGUUAUAUUUUCAUCUUCUCUCAAUUUAUUCGAUCUCGAGAACUUUUCAAACGAUUAAAUAAUCAUAUUAUUCUGGCUUUGUUACUCAUCAGUUUUAUUCAAGUAAUCACAGAACUGCCUUUGACACUAAUUGUGUUACAUACGGGAUUUGUUGCUGUUCAAUCAUCAUCAUUUUGUCUCUUUUGGGUUGUUUACAAUUAUUCAUUAUUUGUUAUUGGUCUUAUGUACAUGGCUUAUGGAUGUGUUGAACGAUAUUUUCUUAUAUUUUACCGAGCAUCUUUUAACAAACAUCUCAUUUUGUUUCACUACAUUCCAUUAUUGUUCUUACUAAUUUAUCCACCUUUACUCUAUUUUGGAUUGGUUGUUAUUUAUCCAUGUCAAACAUAUUUUGAUUAUACACAAAUCGUUUGUGCUGGUGCAUGUUAUCAAUAUGAGUUUAGUCUUGGUUUAUUCGAUUGGUUUACUAAUAUUUGUACUCCUGUAGUUCUUAGUGUUAUUGCAACAGCAUUACUCAUCGUUCGUGUCCUUAUCCAAAAACGUCGAGUAAAUCAACGAGAAAUCUGGCGACGAAAUCGUAAAAUGGUUGUCCAAUUAGCAUCUAUCUCUAUUAUGUAUAUGAUCAUCUGGAUUCCCAGUGUUAUUUGUUUUGUUGUUCCAUUGAUUGUUCCAAGUCCACUAUCUUCUCAAGUAGCAGCUGGUCUUCUCAACUACUUUCAAUACUUGUCGUGUCUACUCUGUCCGUUUAUGUGUCUGGUCGUAUUACCUGAAAUACGUAGUUCUUUCAAGCAAAUGUUCAUUAAAGUGAAUCGUGUGCAUUUAUCAACUCGAAAUUCUACAGUACUGCCUACAGCUCUCCCAUAUCGUCAUCAGAAUGGAUAG